AUGGAUGAUUCUAACAGAGUAACUACAUUAAGUGAUCCAUUGACAUUGGAAAACUCAAAGGAAACCGAUCAUGGAGUAUUAAUCCUCCGUAUUCUGAUGAGUGGUAUGAUAAAAUCAUACCAAAGUCUCUUAAAUCCAGAACAUAAUCAAAGGAAACAAAUUCCUUGUUUUGAUUUUGAAUUGUUUAAAAAACAACUUGAUGAAAAAGUAAAAAAGCUUAGAAAAGAAAAACAAUCCGGUGACGUCAAACUUGUUGUUAAACAAAUAAUUGGAAUUCUGACUAAAAAACGUUAUAGGAGAGGACCAUCAAAACACUUUGAAGUUGCAAGAGACGAUUAUGAAAAUCGAUUAAGUAAAGCAAUUACCAAUAAUGAAAAAUUGCUUUUAGCUUUACCAUCCUUUCCCGUUAAAUGCUGGAAUGCACUUAAAGUUGAAAGGAGAAUGCCUGAUCUUGCUGAACUAAACUGUUUAGGUCGUCUAUACUUAUUGUGCAAGGAAAUAGAAACAGUUUAUGAACCAGGCGCAAAAGUAAUUUUAAUUGCCGACGGACCAAUUUAUGCGGACAUUUUUAAUGAGCCUUUGAGUAUCGCUAUUCAAUAUAAAGAAGAAGUAAUAAAUUUUAUAAAAAAGUUAGAUUUGGAACCAUAUAUAAUUAUGCAUGAUAUGGUAGAUCUAAUUUCAAAAUAUUCAACUGAAUUUGCCGAGGCUAAAAAAAUUUCGACAAUACAAGUCGAAACUUUUUGGCAUGAAAAUCCUGAUAAUAAACAUAGAAAGAUGUUAUUGGAGAAUACUAUGACAAAUAUUAACGUGGAAAAGUAUUCAAAAGAUUUGCUACGUUCUAUAUUUUUUGAUACCAAAUACAAUGGAGAUAUUUCAGAAUUACAAAUUGUUAAAGACGAGAUCACCAAGCAAACCGAAAUUAGUGCCUUGAAGUAUGCGAUAUUGCUUCAGGCCAUUAAUUCUAUGGAACUUGUAAAGAAAUGUUAUCCCGGCUGUAUAAGGGUAACAUGUCACCCUAAAGCGGGGCAAUUAGGUUUACAUUUAGUAUCUCCAAAAAGUUGUUUUAAUUUUCCUUGGAAUGGAGUAGGAGUUAAAAAGAAAAAUGGCGAGAUAAGCGUCUCCCUUGAGGAUGAAGUGCGAAGAGACCAAAGAUAUGUUGCUGUUUAUAUAGAAGGGGAAGAAUUCCCCUUCUAUUAUGAAGAACAAUAA